AUGUCGUCGUAUAAGGUUUCGAAGAGAAACAUACUUUUAGGUGUUGGCGUAGUGUUUCAUUUGGUGUACUUAUGGUCAAUUUUCGACAUUUAUUUCGUGUCACCAUUGGUUCAUGGUAUGGAUCAACAUAGGUCAACCGAUGUCGCACCAGCAAAGAGGCUGUUUUUGAUUGUUGGCGAUGGACAGCGUGCAGAUAAAACUCUGGGUAAGAUAUACAAUCCAAGCAGUGGAAAAGAAGAGUAUUUGGCACCAUAUCUUAGAAGCAUUAUAUUGAAUGAAGGUACUUACGGAUUGUCACACACUAGAAUGCCGACAGAAUCACGUCCCGGCCAUGUGGCAAUGAUAGCCGGAUUUUACGAAGACGUUAGUGCUGUGACUAAAGGAUGGAAGGAAAAUCCUGUUGAUUUUGAUUCAUUCUUCAAUCAAUCAACUCAUACUUAUUCAUUUGGAUCUCCUGAUAUUUUACCAAUGUUUAAACAUGGCGCAACUCCUGGGAAGAUUGAUACUUGGAUGUAUGGUCAUGAAUUUGAAGAUUUCACUCAGUCGAGUAUUGAAUUAGAUAGGUUUGUUUUUGACCAUUUGUAUCAAUUAUUUGACAAUUCGACCAACGAUGAGCAUUUGAAUGAAGAAAUUAGACAGGAAGGUAAUGUGUUCUUUCUUCAUUUACUCGGUACGGAUACAAGUGGACACUCAUAUAGACCAUAUUCAAGUGAAUAUUAUGAUAAUAUUCGAUAUACCGACUCGGAGAUUGAAAAAUUGGUUAAAAGAGUCAACGAAUUUUUCAACGAUGAAGAAACUGCAUUUGUGUUUACUGCUGAUCAUGGAAUGUCAGAUUUUGGUUCUCAUGGUGAUGGUCAUCCAAAUAAUACCAGAACACCGCUCAUUUGCUGGGGUAAAGGUUGUAGGAAACCUGUCUAUAUUGAUCCGUCUUCAAAUGAGUAUCUCAAUGAUGUGUUUGAAAGAAAAGAAAUGGAGAACUGGGGGCUUGAUCAUAUUAAGAGGCAUGAUGUUAAACAAGCAGAUAUUUCCCUUUUGAUGAGCUACUUGAUUGGAGCUAAUUAUCCUGUAAAUAGUGUAGGUGAAUUGCCAUUGGACUUUAUUGAUGAUAUGGAGAGCAACAAAAUCAAGGGACUUUAUUAUAAUUCGAUGACAUUGUUAGAACAAUAUCUCGUUAAACUACAAGAGGUUAAAGAGAAUCAGUUUUCAUUUAAAGGAUUUAAGAAAUUCGAAGUUAAACCAAUCGAUCGGUAUAAACAAGAGAUUUCUGAAUUAAUUGAGAAGAUGGGCGAUGAUCCCAGUUUAGAAGUUGUUGCUAUUCAACGCAUUGAAGAAUUUAACAGUGCGAUUCUCGAGGGCUUGGAUUAUCUACAAAAAUAUAACUGGGUGUUGAUUCGUACUAUUGUUACUCUUGGAUUUGUUGGUUGGAUUGUAUAUUCAUAUACGUCUUUCUUACAGAUGUUUAUUAUUCCUAGUGACUCUGUUGAAAAAAAAGGGAAAGCAGGUAUUUUCUCUAAAUUUUUGUUCUUGUCAAUUGGCUCAAGCACUUCUUACUUCCUCUAUUUACAAAAGCUACCACUGAACUAUCAUUUCUAUCUUUUAUUUCCUGUAUUCUUAUGGUAUGAAAUCUACAAAUUCAGACAUGAUCUAAUCAAAGGGUUUAACUUAUUCUUCCAAGGUUUGUCAACACUUACAACGUGCAUUAUUUUUGUCUUUAUCAUUGCGUUCUUUGAGUCAAUUGCAAUUGGAUUUGAGAAUCGUGAAAUUUUCAGUAUCAUCUAUGUGCUAAUGUCUAUUGGAUAUCCAAUUCUAAUAUUUGGCAAAAAAUGGAAUUUGAAAAACUUAUCUCUUUCCAUUCUAUGGUGCUUCACAUGUUUAGGAUUAUCAAUUUUCCCUAUUCAAAACCCAGUUAAAGUUGAGAAUAUAAAUAUGAUUAUUUCAUCGGGAUUAAUCAUGGCCAUUGUUGGUAUAGUAUCCUUUACAUUUUUACGUAGGGAAAUGUCAAAGGUUACAAGAGGUACAAUAAUUUUUCAAAUAUUACUUAUUUUCAUUUCCAUGUAUUCAACUGCAAAAGCUGUCAUAUCAUUAACAAAACGUAGUGGUUUGCCAAAGGAUGCACAAUACAUUGGAUGGCUUGUUUUAGUUACAUCACUUAUUUUACCAAGUAUCAUUCAUGCUAAAAACUCCAACUCUGAUUAUAGGGUCAGAUUUUUGAUUAUAUUCCUUACCUUUGCGCCUACAUUUACAAUAUUGAGUAUAUCUUUUGAGGGAUAUUUCUAUGUUUUAUACACAAUGAUGUUGUAUCUAUGGAUUGUAUUAGAAUCCCAAGCAAAGCAUUCAUCUUUGACGUUAUUGAGAAUUUCUCUUGUUGGAUUUUUCAACUUACAAAUAUCAUUCUUUGGUACUGGUAAUGUAUCGUCGAUCUCAUCAUUUUCAUUAGACUCAGUUUAUAGAUUAUUGCCAAUAUUCGAUCCUUUCCCUAUGGGUGCCUUAUUAAUGUUGAAAUUGAUUAUCCCAUAUGCAUUGCUAUCAACCGGUUUAGGACUGAUCAACUUGAGAUUAGGAUUUGAAAAAUACAGUGUUACUUCGCUACUUAUAUCCGUUUGUGAUUUAUUGUCACUCUGGUUUUUCUAUAUGGUUCGUACUGAAGGUUCUUGGCUAGACAUUGGGGUAUCAAUUUCCAACUAUUGUUUGGCGAUUUUUGGUUCGUUAUUUAUUGGAAUUGUUGAAGUUGGUAGUGGUAUUGUAUUAAAUGGAGUAGUUGUUAAGACUAAAAGCGAAUAG